UCUCACCUUCUCUGGCAAUGGCGGUCGCUUCCAGUUUCUUCGUUUCUUUUACCCAUAACUCCGUGAGUCAACCCAGAAGACUCUCGCAAUCUCUUUCUCCAAUCUCCCUCCCUCUAUCUAGAUCUCGUCCUCUUGCCCUUAAAUUCAGUCGUCGAUCCAACAAAGUCACAUGCAGUUCUGCAGGUGAACACAACAGCACCGAAAAAGACACCCCGAUUGAAUUGAGAUAUCCGGCAUUUCCGACUGUGAUGGAUAUUAAUCAAAUCAGAGACAUAUUGCCUCACAGGUUUCCCUUUCUGUUAGUGGAUAGAGUGGUAGAGUAUAAUCCUGGGGUGUCAGCUGUUGCUAUAAAGAAUGUGACUAUUAAUGACAAUUUCUUCCCUGGGCACUUCCCUGAGAGGCCUAUAAUGCCUGGUGUUCUCAUGAUUGAGGCAAUGGCCCAGGUUGGAGGAUUGGUUAUGUUGCAACCUGAAGUGGGCGGCUCUCGGGAUAAUUUCUUCUUUGCAGGAAUUGAUAAAGUGAGGUUUCGAAAACCAGUCAUUGCAGGAGAUACUUUGGUUAUGAGAAUGACACUUGUUAAACUACAAAAGCGGUUUGGAAUAGCAAAGAUGGAAGGGAAGGCAUAUGUUGGAGGUGAUGUGGUUUGUGAGGGUGAAUUCUUGAUGGCUACUGGAAGUGAUUGAGACCCUCAGUUUUGUCCUUCUGUUUCCUCCAAUUUUCUAGUAAGUCAGAACACAUGUUUUUUUUCUUCUUUUUCUUCCUGUGAGCACCAACCCUUGUGACAGACGCUUAUUAUGAUCUAAUUAAUUAUUUCUUUUGCAUUUCAAACAAAUAUGAAUGGAUAUUGUAUUAUUUUUAGUGUUCUGCUUUUUCACCUUUUUUCAGUUUUCAUCCUUUAUGGCUUCCCAAAUGUAUGCCACACAUUUGUGAUGCACGUGUAAAUGAAGGUGAAGCCCCUCCUGCUAGGGAAUUGGACACUACUGCUCAUUUUUGUGUUUGCAUUCACUUAAUGUAUUCAGCAACUACAUACCAUAUCGAAUUUCGACAGUGUACUGUGUACCAACCUUGAAAUUAACACUCUCUGAAUAGCCAUGCGUGGUCUCAAUUUAAUUCCUUCUGAGCUUUUGGUUGUUGUUGAAAUUGGUUAAUUUUACUUGUCAAGUGCCCUAAAAGAAAGUUAAUUUCCUUGC